GCCGCCAGUUUCUGGUUGUGUGGAAUGGAGUAAGUUUCCGGUUGUGUGGAAUGGAGUAGGUUGCUCAGCUACGUUAUGCCUGCUCCCUCAAUGUAAGACGAAGGCGGCGAUGGAGCCGUCGCUCCGCUGCAGUGGCUGUUCAGGGAGCCGCACUGUAGGAAAGUGCCUGGUCUUGCCAUAUUGUCGUUGUUGCUGUUGGCAAGGAUGCUGCAGCUGCCCACUGAGAGGAGAGGCCUCCUUCUUGUCCCCCUCAAGGUUUGAAGAAGCUUUGAGGAGAAUCGUGUAUUCAGUUUGGAAGACACCCCGUGUGCCAGACGCAAUGCCUGAGGUGGUGGUGAAAAUCAUCGGAAGUAAACACUUUCGAUACCUUGCGGAGAAGCCAAAGACUGAGGAGUAUGAGAACUUGAAGGCAGCAACUCAAACAGCGCUCCAGAAGUCCGUGACUCGUGAUGCAGGGCAGGUGAGCAGAGACCCCUCAGCUUCUACUAAUCCCACUGAUCAUCAGGCUGAUCACAACCCAGCUGAUGUGGAAGAGAGCAAGCACUCGGAGAAGAACCAGAAACCAGAGAACAACCAGAAACUCCUGACAGGAGCACUCAGUGGCAGAUUUCUGGAUGGCAAAAUUCCCAACCAGGCAAGUAUCCACUGCAGCUCCGUGCUGACUGGAGACCAGUCCCUGUCCUGUAUCCAUGGCCUCCCCAGGAGAAACCUUCGAGACUGGGCCUUGGAACAGAUGGCAAAGGGCAGCUCUGGCCAGCCUGAGCAUAUUGGCCAGAGGCCAAGUGGACCAAGGAGAGACAACACUUUCCUUCUAGCCCUGGUCAGAAGAGAACUCCAGCCACGACCUCUGAGUUCUGGAUUGUUAGACAAGCUUCAGAAAGAUCUGAAGAUCCUGGACCCUAUCUCUUCAGGAUUUCUUCUCCAGUCUCAGCUGAGCCGCCUCUUCUUGAGGCAUGAAGUCCCUCUCCAGUUACCCACCAUCAAGAUCCUCUGCCAGAGAUUUUCCGGGAAGGGCUCUCUUGAAAUGGUGAAUUAUGGAAAACUCCUCUGGUUUUUAAAAGUUGCAGCUUCAGAUGACCCACAGCAAAGCAAGAGAGUCGUGGACAGGAGCCCAAGGAGAACUCAGGGUGGUCGCCCUCACAGCCAAAGUACUGCCCCUCGAGAACCCAGCUCGCAGUCAGAAGGGAACAGGAGCCUGUUGGAUGUCUUGGAGAUGGCACGAAGGACAACCAAUGGCAAACUCAACAUAGAGAACCUCAACCUGAGUUUUCGAAAAGAAGAUCACUCAUUCUCUGGCUACCUGCCCCCCCACAAGGUCAGGGCUAUAUGCCGGAAACAUGGAUUAUAUCUGACUUUGAGCCUCCUGGAAACAUUGCUUAACCACCAAGAUUUGGGUUACAAAGAUGAAAUAAAAUGGCAGAGUUUUGUUGAGUUGCUGAGCAGAGCUUCCUCUGACUUGUCCUCUGAUUUGCCUACAGGAAAGAAAGGAAAGGAAACCUCUGCCACUCCAGUGCAGCCUGACAUUCCUGAGAUGCCUCAAGGCACAACUGAACAUAUGAAAACUCCAGAAGAGGAUCUGCAGCCAGAAAACCCUCCUGCUGAGACUUCAGCCAAAGAUCCCCCGAGCUCUUUGAAGAUCAGGCCAGUCUCACAGCCUUUCAUGAGCCCAGUGAUGAAGAACGGGUCUGAAGAGGAGGAGACAUAGAUCGACAGGUUCAGGAAGCUAGAAAAGGCCCUCUACCUGUGUGAUCUGAGUAAUACAGGGGUCCUGGAGAACGAACGAGCCAGACGCCUCAUUCCCAACUACAACCUCAUUUACGACCUGGCCCUGAGCCCUCGGAAGAUUGACCAGGCCUCGCGGAGAUUCUGUUCUGCAGGAAAUAUGCUCUUGGAGCCAGCACUUCGGUACUUAAAGGAGCUGUGACAAUAGGCCCACGUUGUGAAAACAGGUGUGCCCUUUUCUCCCUUUGCACCCAGACUCCUGUUUCUCCCUGGUUGGGUGUAGUGGUAUAGGCACUGUCAGAGUGGAGGCCAGUGAAGCUGGUGUAGACCUUGGGACUUGAAUGUGGUUUCUGGCUAUGAUGCUCACUCAUAAGCUGCUGAAAGUGAUUGGAGAAAGCCAGGUUUCCUCUGCUAAUGUGGUAAGAACCAAAUUACUUAAAAUCCCUUCUGUUUAAGUAAAGCACCUUGUUAAUAUUACAUAAUUUUUUCCUAUCUUGCUGAUGAAACUGUGAUUUUGUAAACCUUGCAAUUGCAUAUAGUUAAAAAAAGAAGUCAGAUGUUGUCAACUCCUACCAACGCCUGUCACACAGUAGACCUAAAUACACCAUUUUUGGAUAAGUACGCCCUUCCUCCAGUCGCUGUUCCGGGAAGGAUUUGCACAUUGUUAGAAAACAAAAAGCAGUAACAAUAUAUUAUCUUUACUAAGCAGUAUAAGCAGAAUUCCAAGUGAGGUUUUCUGACCAAGUACAGCAUUUUCUCUAGCACAAAACCAGAUGAGGUUGCACUGUCUCCAGGGAUAUUUUCCCAGAGUAUUGGGUAGAAGUUAGGAGGAGGGGCUCCUGGGACAAAGGAUUCUGGAAGUAGGUCACAUCUUCUUUGCUCCCCCGGCAGGAAAUUCAAGAAAUCUUCCCACCAGUCUCCAUGGCUCUUGUGUCCUGAACAUCCCCUGACUUGGCACCUCCCACACAGUGCACGCUUGCACGCACAUCACACCACACAGGGAGCGUGAGUGCAUUGAAGGAACACUGGCCCAGGCUUCGAGACUGAUGUGUUCCCAGGACUGUCCCGGAUCCUGAUUUUCACAUCUGUGUGGGAGACGGGAUGAAGGAGUUAGGUCAAGGAAAAUAUCCAAUGGAAAGGUCUCUGCGUACCCCUCUUAGCAUUUUAUAUAGUGGGGGAUCUCGUAACAUCUUAUGGACAAAACUAAGAACAAAGUAUUUUGGAUGCACUAAAAUAAAUGAUCUCUAAGGGCCUUCUAGUCUGACAUGCUUUAGUUUUUGUAAUUCUUGAGUUGCUGAGAGCAAUGCCUGUUGAGGUGGACUCACCGCCUCCCUAAUGUUCUGGAACCCUUGUCAGAGAAGUAAGCAAACAUGGCUUUUUCGUGUCGUCACAACACAGAAUGAGGAAAAUUACAAUAUUAGAUCAAAUAAUUCAAUAUGUGUUGGCAAUUACUGUGUGCUGGGAACGACGUAUCUUGUUUCAUCCAACACUGACGGUUCAAUAAGGCAGGCUUCACAGCUUCAAAGAUUCAUUUCACAGCUGAGGAAAGAGGCUCAGAGAAGCGACGGGUAGGAAGACUGUUGGACUGUGCCUGUUGAUAAAUGCCAGAGUGGUAGGGCCUUCUGGAAACCACUGGUCACAGGAUGCUGAGAACGCCCUGGUCUACCUCACAUCUCUGUGGGGAGGUGAAAUGGAGGGAGUGGGGUGAAAGGAAGCUCUAAACAUGAAGCUGGGGCUAUCAGACUACCUCUCGUAAGGUCCCCAGGGCAGUGACUUCACCUUCCCAAUUCUUUAUGUCCGACAUCUAGGACAGCUCCUGAUAGACAAUAGCCUCAGCAUCCGCCGGUCACGCACUGGAGGGGACCCCACUGAUGUGGAACACAGCCUGAAAGGAGGCCCCAGAGCUCCAUGACUACAGGCUGUGCACACCCUCCCUCCUGUAGUGUGGGCGGAAUGAACGCUUCCACACGCGGGGCAGCCUUGGCCAGAUCCACCAUACCCACCACACCCACACUUCAACAGAGACUAGAAAAAGAAUAGGCAUUGAAACCAGCUUAUUCAGCUCCGGCCCUUAGUAGGUAGUAGCCUUGGAAAAUUGUGUCAUCCCCCUGAGCUUCAGUUACUUCACCUGUGAAUCAAGAGUAAUCACACGUCUUCAGAUGAGCGCUACAAACACUGAAAGCCAUACCUUGUGGACACUUCCUUGCACAUAGCAGAGAUGCACCUUUCUCACAUCUCGUUCUUUGUCACUGGGUGUCGGGAAGCUUGAAUGCGGUCUGUGUGAAACGGCAUAGGGAGGCAAGGCAACCACUACAGCAAAGAAUAAUUUUUAAAUACCUCUGCCUUCUGGAGCCAAAUGACCAUUGAUCCUGGAUCGUGUCCUGUCUGGAAUUUUCUACUGCUUUACCCCAAGUUGUGUAUGUGCGUGUGUGCAUGUGUGUGUGUGUUCAUUUGCAAGACUUGCACAUUGCAGAAGUAAAUACUCAUUAGUUUUUCUCUGAGUGAAUAUUAAAAGAAGAAAAAUUCAACUUAAGUCAUAGAGGAAAGCUUAGAUAUCAAGGUGACAAUGUGACAGUAGGGGUUAAAUGAUGUCUGGCUGUGAGGAAAACUGCUGAACACAAACAGGGAAACGCUAUGAGGUCAUUAUGCUUCAAAAUAUUGUUAUGAUCUCUAAGCUGGGACUUCUCCAUGCUUUGCUUGUGGAAAAUCUGUUUCCUUUCUCUCUGUUUUCUCAGAUCAGUGGUGUUCUGCACACUCCUGGUGGCUGUGUCAUUGCAAAUUUGUAAUAAAC